AUGGGGAAAGACAAGAAAGAAGGGGAGGCUGUCUUUCUGAGGAAAAAGAUAACUUUGCUGAGGGCUUUCUCGCUCCUCAUCGGCAGCAUGGUUGGCAGCGGCAUCUUUAUUUCCCCAAAAGGAGUACUGAAAAACUCUGGCAGUGUGGGUUUCUCCCUGGUUGUCUGGUUUGCCUGUGGGCUCCUCUCAAUGUUUGGUGCCUUGUGUUAUGCAGAGCUUGGAACAAGAAUCACCAAGUCUGGAGGACAUUAUAUCUACAUUUUGGAGACACUAGGGCCUCUGCCAAGUUUCUUAUUCCUGUGGGCAGAGUUUUUUGCUAUCAGGCCUGCCAACAGUGCUGUGGUUUCUCUGGCGUUUGGACGCUACAUGCUGGAGCCGUUCUUCGCCCCCUGUGCAGCGCCUGUCCCUGCUGUGAAGCUUGUGUCUCUCCUGGGGUACUACACGGUCCUCACCCUCAAUUCCUGGAGCGUCACCUGGAGUGCCCGGCUGCAGACGGCUCUCUCCAUUGUCAAACUCCUGGCUCUUGCACUCAUCAUCGUGCCAGGGAUGAUGCUGCUGGCCCAGGGCCACACUGAAAACUUCCAGGACGCUUUUGACAGAGAGUCACUGGUUUUGGAUAAGCUGCCCCUGGCUUUUUACGCAGGCAUGUUCGCAUAUUCAGGCUGGUUUCAGACCAGCUUUGUGCGUGAGGAGUUGGUCAGACCUGAACGAAAUAUCCCCCUGGCUGUCAUCGUGUCUGUGAUCACGGUAAUUGUGGGGUACAUGCUCACCAACGUCUCCUAUUACACCGUCCUGGGAACACAAGAUGUUCUGGCUUCUCCUGCUGUGGCUGUGAGCUUUGUGCAGCAAGCAUUCAAAAGCCUGAUCUCCGUGGUCCCUGUCCUUGUGGCACUGUCCUGCUUUGGAACCAUGAAUGGAGGAAUCUUCACAUUUUCAAG